AGUGAAUCCGGACUACAACUCUUUUGUUUCGUUUUUUCAUUUUCAAAAAAUUGACACUUUCACGUGGGUUUUGAUUGUCCCUAUGUCUUCCCAUAAAAUCUCAAUUUAGGAUACACAACAAGUGAAGUGAGGAGAUUUUGUAGCUAUGUCGAUUAGUUCGAUUCAUACUGUUGUAUGUCGUCCAGUGAGCGUGAAGAAGCUCGGAGCUCCGGCGAGACUAUCUGCUCGGAGAUCGCGCGUUGGAGAAUGGCGUGGCGCCUCUACACUUUCUGGUGCUAGGCCUUUGGUUUUCGCUUUCGCCAAGGCGAAGCAGAAAGGAGAGAGUGUUGAGGAUCGAGCUUCUCCUAUCGAAGAUCAGCUCGCUGAUGAUGAACCAUUUGUGCAUUUUGACGAGCGUGAUUUUGCCGGCACAGCGUCUGUUCCCGUCUAUGUUAUGCUCCCAUUGGGAGUGAUUGAUAUGAACUCGGAAGUGGUUGAACCGGAAGUGCUUUUGGACCAGUUAAGAACCCUCAAGUCCGUUAACGUUGAUGGUGUUAUGGUUGACUGCUGGUGGGGCAUUGUCGAGUCUCAUACCCCUCAGGUCUAUAACUGGAGCGGCUACAAGAAACUCUUUGACAUGAUACGCCACCUUGGACUUAAGCUUCAGGUUGUUUUGUCGUUCCACGAAUGUGGAGGCAAUGUUGGAGAUGAUGUGCAUAUACAACUCCCCGAAUGGGUAAGAGAGAUUGGUCAAACCAAUCCUGACAUUUACUUCACUGACAGGACAGGCUUGCGUAACUCUGAGUGUCUCACUUGGGGGAUUGACAAGCAACGUGUUUUAAGAGGAAGAACUGCUCUCGAGGUUUACUUUGAUUACAUGAGAAGCUUCCGUGUGGAGUUUGAUGAGUUCUUUGAGGAUAAAAUCAUAACUGAGAUUGAAGUAGGACUAGGUCCAUGUGGGGAGCUCAGGUAUCCUUCUUACCCUGCUCAACAUGGCUGGAAGUAUCCUGGUAUUGGUGAAUUCCAGUGUUAUGAUAAGUAUUUGAUGAAGAGCUUAAAGGAGGCAGCAGAGGUAAGAGGGCACAGCUUUUGGGGCAGAGGACCUGACAACACCGAGUCUUAUAACUCAACCCCACACGGGACUGGUUUCUUCCGCGAUGGAGGUGACUAUGACAGCUACUACGGCAGAUUCUUUCUUAAUUGGUACUCCAGAGUUCUCAUUGACCAUGGUGAUCGUGUUCUUUCUAUGGCUAACUUGGCCUUCGAAGGAAACUCCAUCGCUGCUAAGCUCUCAGGUAUACACUGGUGGUAUAAGACAGCUAGUCACGCUGCUGAGCUCACUGCUGGCUUCUACAACCCAUCAAACCGUGAUGGGUACGGUCCAAUAGCAGCGAUGCUGAAGAAACAUGACGCUGCUCUCAACUUCACAUGCGUGGAGUUACGAACACUUGACCAACACGAGGAUUUUCCAGAGGCGCUGGCUGACCCAGAAGGUCUAGUUUGGCAGGUGCUGAAUGCAGCUUGGGAUGCGAAUAUACCUGUAGCUAGUGAGAAUGCUCUUCCUUGUUACGACAGAGAAGGCUACAACAAGAUUCUUGAGAACGCGAAGCCACUCAACGACCCUGACGGUCGCCACCUAUCGUGUUUCACUUACCUAAGGCUAAACACAACUCUGCUGGAGUCUCAAAACUUUGUAGAGUUCGAGAGAUUCGUCAAACGAAUGCAUGGGGAAGCUGUUUCGGAUCUUGGUUUGCUUCCAAGGACCACCCAAGAGAACAAACUCGAGUGAAUUAUUGAGAGAGAGAGUGGAGGAGUUGGAUGGAGUCAAAAAUCAAGUUUGUACUUGUAUCCAAAAAUAAGGGAGCUUGUUGUAAAAUGAUGAAUAGUGUAGACAACAAUAUAAAUGUUAUGUCGAUUAAGACAAUGACUAGAAAGCAAAAGAAGAGGCUAAUUAUGUAUGAAUUAUUGAAUUGAUGAUAUCCAGUUUCUUGUCA